CUCGUCCAACAUGGGGUCGUGGUGUCGGACCGGAGCGACCUUGGUGCUGGGAGCGGGAGUCGGAGCCGCGGUCUGCCGCCUGCUGAGCCUCAGAGGCCGCGAGGAAGAGGAGGAAGGAGCCGGUGUCCUCCACAGAGUCCCGGUGCUUCCGGUACCGAGCGUCCUGGCCUCCGAGCUGACGGUGAGUCCAGGUGCAUCAGUAGCUGUGAUGAAGUAUGGCUUCCCCUCAUUGGCCAACAUCAAGACUCGAGAGUCCUACGUCACCUCCUACGACCCCCGCACACGCACUGCAUCCUGGGUGAUAGAGAGGCUGAACCCCGCCUCCCUUAGCGGGUCAUCAAACAGGAAGAACUGUGAGUUCAGAGCAGACGACAGCGUGCACUUGUUUCACAGGUCGACCAAUGAUGACUACAGGGGGAGUGGCUUCGACAGAGGUCACCUGGCUGCAGCAGCCAAUCACAAGUGGAGUCAGAAAGCAAUGGACGACACAUUCUACCUGAGCAACGUCGCCCCGCAGGUCUCUCUCUCUCUCUCUCUCACUCACUCACUCACUCACUCACUCACUCACUCACUCACUCACUCACUGUGUGUGUGUGUGUGUGUGUGUGCUCAGAACCCUCACCUGAACCAGAACACCUGGAACAAUCUGGAGAAACUCUGUCGCUCUUUGACCAAACGUUACCUGAACGUGUACGUGUGCAGCGGGCCCCUCUACCUGCCCAGGCAGGAGGCUGAUGGGAAACUCUACGUUCGUUAUCAGGUUAUUGGACAAAACCACGUCGCUGUGCCGACCCACUUCUUCAAGGUGCUGAUCCUGGAGCAGGCGAAUGGUAGAGGGGUGGAGCUUCGGUCAUAUGUUUUACCAAAUGAACCAAUAGAUGAGAAGGUUCCUCUGGAGCGUUUCCUGGUCCCCAUAGAAACCAUAGAGCGAGCGUCAGGACUUCUGUUUGUGUCGAACAUCCUGAAGAGAACCAGCAGCCUACAGGCUGACCGACCAACUACAUUACCCAGAAUACACCAGUGACAUGAACUACAGUGACUCAGUUCACCUUGUCCUGGAAACAGGAAGUUGAAGAAAUCAGACUGAAUGUGGAAGUUUAUCCAGUGGGGGGGGGGUUGAUUUUAAUUGUUAAUGUAUUAAUAAACAUUGUCUUGUUUGUUCA